UAUGAUAUUCUGCACUUCGAAGUACGUCGACGCUCAAGAUUUCGCCACGUCAUAAUAGAUUUUUGCAAAUGAGGCAAAGCGCUGCGUUUCAGGAAGGGAGUCGCUCAAUCAGACCAGACGGCGUCCAAAACUCUCUCGAGUCGCGCAAGUGGAGACGUCCCAGCACCUCCGGCUCCACCUAGAAGGGGAAUAGUGAAAUGGGCCCUCGACAAUGUCGAGUCUGCAAGGAAGCACAAUCAAAAUACAAGUGUCCCUCAUGUCUAGCACCUUAUUGUUCUGUGGUCUGUUUCAAGAAGCACAAAGAAAUCCCAUGUGCUAAGCCGGUAUCUUCUGAAGCUCUCGAUCCAGAAUCACAUGUAGAGAGACCAUUAAAUGUUGAAGAACCAGAUGAUGUGCUACAAAAGUUGCAACUUGAGGCUAUUGCUUCUUCUGGUGAAAUCCGUGAUGCUUUGAAGGAUGAAAACCUGCAGAAAAUCAUCCGCAAUAUUGAUUGUUCCCCAGAUGCUGAGAAUGAACUUGAGAAAGCCAUGGGAGUGGAGGCGUUUUGCAUGUUCACCGACAAGCUUUUCUCAGAUUCUAUCCAUCAUCAACCCGUAGCUCCAACUAGCUAUAACUAAAGGAGGAAGAUGAAAUUUUUACAGGAAGUUAAAGAUUCUUCUACAAAGCCAGCAGUUUGUUAAAUCAACUUCUAGUUUGACUUCAAUCUGGCUGGCAGCUAGUACAUCCCUUGCUCCGUGAGUGUCGCUUCAUGCAAGUCUAUCGAUAGGAGUCCUCUGGUGUAAUAUAUAGGUUGAGAAUAUUUCAAUUUAGGGUCUGGUUAAAAAGUACAUUUCAAGUUUCAAUUUUUCUGUACAAAUAGUAGAUGGGAUAGGAGCAAAACGGCUCCAAUUUCUCUUGCCUAAUAUCAUCAAUAAAUAAGAAUAUGACGAUGAUGAAGGCCUUGGUCUUGGGGUAGUACUCCCUUUAAGGUUCAAGGUUCAACACAUCAUAAAUACAAACAAUUUUUUGGAAUCA